CCCUCCGCCACACGGCGAGCCGCGAGCCCCGAGCCGUGGCCGAGCAGCGCCGAGCUUCGAGUCCCCGCCCGGCAGCGCGGAGCCCCGGCCCGGCAGCUCUCCCCUCCUCUUCCCUGGGCCGCGCCGUUCCCCUCCCGCCGCUCCCCGCCGUGGCGGCCCGGCCCAAGAUGGCGGCGGCGCUGAGGGAGCGCUGAGGCGGCGCGUCGGUCGCGGUUAUUUUAUUUUUCCAUCGGGCGCCGCGCGUCUACGCGCGGAACGCGGCAGUUCUGAGGGGCGCCCUUAGCAGAAGCACACUGCGGGCGAUCGGGUUCCCUCCCUUUCUCCUUCCGUAGCCGCUCCGCCCAUCCCGCCCCGCAGCGCCAUGGAGGCGGCCGAGGGCGGCCCCGACGUGUACGGAUACACCCGGGCGGACCUCUUCACCUCCGAGAUCUACAAGGUGGAGAUACAGAACCUCCCGAAGUAUAUCGGGUUUAACGACGUGAAGAAGUUCCUCGCCAAGUACGGGCUGAGCCCUCACAAGAUAAAGCUCCUCGGCAAGCAGACGUUCGCCUUCGUGACGUUCAAGAGCGAGGAGGAGAGGGACGAGGCCGUGAGGGUCCUCCACGGCGCCGCCUGGAAGGGCCGCGCCCUCGGCGUGCGGGCGGCCAAACCCAAGGCCGACCCCAUGGCGCGGAAGCGGCGGCAGGAGGAGCGGGCCGGGGCCGGGGCCGAGCCCGCGGAGCCCCUCAGCAAGCGGAUCGCCGACGUGGUCACCCCGCUGUGGGCCGUGCCCUACGAGCAGCAGCUGGCCGAGAAGCGGCGGGAGUGCGAGCAGGUGCUGCAGAAGCUGGCCAAGGAAAUUGGAAAUACCAACAGAGCGCUGCUGCCCUGGCUGUUCCUGCAGAAGCAGAAGUACAACAAAAUGUGUUGCCCGGUAGAGGGAGUGAAGGCCUCACCUUUACAGACCGAAUAUCGCAACAAAUGCGAGUUCUUGAUUGGGAUUGGUGUAAAUCAAGAAGACAAAACUGUGGGUUGUCGUCUUGGCAAAUAUAAGGGCGGUACCUGCGCUGUAGUGGAGCCAUUUGAUACCAUUCACAUUCCUGCUGUUGCCAAAAAAGUAGUAAAAGCUUUUCAAGACUACAUAAGGUCAACUCCUUACUCAGUUUACAGCCCAGAAACCUAUGAAGGUCACUGGAAGCAGCUCACAGUCCGUACCAGCAGGAACGGCCACAUCAUGGCAAUCGUUUACUUUAAUCCUCAGAAAUUAAGCAGAGAAGAGCUAGCUGACCUGAAGGCCGCACUGGCAAAACACUUCACUGAAGGGGCAGGGAAGGAGAGCGGCAUUACUUCUCUGUACUUUGUGGAGGAAGGCCAAAGGAAAUCUCCCAAUCUGGAAGACUUGCCUUUGGAGCACGUGGCUGGCGAUAAGUACAUCUACGAAGAACUUCUUGGCCUAAAAUUUAGAAUUUCUCCUCAUGCAUUUUUUCAAGUAAACACACAGGCUGCAGAAGUUCUGUAUGCUGCCAUCAGGGAGUGGGCACAGUUGAGCCAAGAAAGCACCGUGCUUGACAUCUGCUGUGGUACUGGAACUAUUGGGAUUUCUUUGGCCAAGAAAGUGAAGAAAGUGAUUGGAAUUGAACUCUGCCAAGAAGCUGUGCAGGAUGCCAAAGCCAAUGCCCAGAUUAAUGAGCUGAGUAAUAUUGAAUUUCAUUGUGGGAAGGCUGAAGAUAUCGUUCCUUCCUUAAUUAACAUAUUAGCUCCCCAGAACCUGAUUACUAUUGUAGAUCCCCCUCGAGCAGGACUGCAUUCCAGGGUAAUUCUUGCAAUUAGAAGAGCUGAACAGCUGAAGAAGCUUAUCUAUGUGUCCUGCAAUCCUAGAGCUGCAAUGAAUAACUUUGUGGACCUUUGCCGGGCCCCUUCCAACCGAGUCAAAGGAGCCGCCUUCCGUCCCGUUAAAGCAAUGGCUGUGGAUCUCUUCCCUCAGACCAAGCACUGUGAGUUACUGAUACUCUUUGAGAGGGUUGAAUAUACAAAUGGAAGCUCUACUGAAGCAAAGCCUGAUGCUGCUCAAGUCACAGUAGAAGGCAACAAGUCAGAGCACUUAGAUGAUACCAACCCAGCUAACACUGAUGUACGCCAGGCGGCUUCUGUAGCUAUAGAUACAGCAUGCAAAGAGAAGGAAUCAACUUAACGCCUGUGAAAUACUUUUCAGAAACUACUUUUGUGUCUUAACUGCUUCAAUAGCGUUACUGCUGUAAGACCUAGGUAAUAAAUCUUAACAACA